CUCAGCGGGAAGAGGAGACGCAAGCAGCUGGAUCUUCGGGAACUGAGAUAGGGGUAUAACUGUUGCCGGGGCGGAGAAAGUGAGGACCGACGCCGGAGGUCGCCCAGGACAAUAUUGGGUCCCUGUAGCUUGUGAAGAUGGUGUUGCUAACGAUGAUCGCCCGAGUGGCGGACGGGCUCCCGCUGGCUGCCUCGAUGCAGGAGGACGAACAGUCUGGCCGGGACCUUCAACAGUACCAGAGUCAGGCUAAGCUACUCUUUCGAAAGUUGAAUGAACAGUCUCCUACCAGAUGUACCUUGGAAGCAGGAGCCAUGACUUUUCACUACAUUAUUGAGCAGGGGGUAUGUUAUUUGGUUUUGUGUGAAGCUGCCUUCCCUAAGAAGUUGGCUUUUGCCUACCUAGAAGAUCUGCACUCAGAAUUUGAUGAACAGCAUGGGAAGAAAGUGCCCACUGUGUCUAGACCCUAUUCCUUUAUUGAGUUUGAUACCUUCAUUCAGAAAACCAAGAAGCUCUACAUUGACAGUCGUGCUCGGAGAAACCUAGGCUCCAUCAACACUGAAUUGCAGGAUGUGCAGAGGAUUAUGGUGGCCAAUAUUGAAGAAGUGUUACAACGGGGAGAAGCACUCUCAGCAUUGGAUUCAAAAGCUAACAAUUUGUCCAGUCUGUCCAAGAAAUACCGCCAGGAUGCGAAGUACCUGAACAUGCGUUCUACUUACGCCAAACUUGCAGCAGUAGCUGUAUUUUUCAUUAUGUUAAUAGUGUAUGUGCGAUUCUGGUGGCUGUGAAGUAGCAAACCCAGUCACUGGAAAGGGAGAAUCUAGAACCCACCAGGUGUAUGUUUUCAGGAAGCUGAGUUCACAGAGAUGUGUAUUAGAAUCCAAGUUGAACUUCUGCCUCUAAAGACUUUGCAAGAAAAGACGUCCUGAAAAUGAAAGUUUACACCUCAUUUAAUGAAGCUUAACCCUAUGUAGAAGGUCUCUUUUGGGGGUGGAGGCUUUCUCUGGGUGCUAAGCCAUAUACAUUAGGGAACAGUAGAUUGUUUUAUUUUUUCCCUCCCAGUACAUUUUUAAAACCACAUUAACUGGGGCAUUCUCAUUCUCUAAUGGAGCCAUCAGUGAGAUUUAGCUUAGCCAACCUGUGCUAGCAGUAUUUUGAAAUUCCUUCAGAGAAGGCAUUCUUUGGGAAGCUUUUUGACUCUAAUCAACAUUCCUUUUGUUGGUGACAUUUGUGAUUUUUAGUAAUCUGAGUUUUUGAUGGCCUUUGAACAAGACUCCAGUAUGUGAAGGUUAAUUGCUAUGCUGCACAGAUCCUGUCUAUUGGCCCCUGUAGGAAGUUAACCUUUGUUGUUUUAUUUUUAUGAUAUUUUGCUUAUUGCACAAUUGCUUUAGGGUUAAAUGAAUUAUAUUAAGAUGCCUUGAAAUUAUAUUAUAGCACUCCUUGAUUAAGAAGCUAAAAUGUUUUCUCUCAUUUAUUUCUUAAACAAAGACUUACAUUUGUUUGGGACAUUAUUAAUGUUAUUUUGCAGCAUCUGGUUUAUAUUAAUGUAAGAGCGAGUAUAGCAUAUGGAUAGCCAGAGGCUCAUGGCUUAAUGAGAAGAAAGGCCCAGCUCAUAACUACAGCUUUGUCCUGUCCCUUCCUCAUUUUUACCACUUUUACAGUUUUCCCCACUCUUUGUUUUCCUCCUGUCAUAAUUUGCUUAAAUUUUAAAAAUUCCCCUGUGCCCAGUAGUUUCAUGUCCCAUAAACGUCCUCUUAGGAUAUUCUCAAAUUUCAAAAUGGAACAUGUUUAGCUAAAGUUUUUGCAGAUCAGCUACUCAAACUACUAAAUACAUUUAUCUGAGAAAGUCUUUGAGAGCACCUCAUUCCUAUUUCAGCUUAUGUAAAUUCUCUGAGUAAGUUCUAGAGAUAGGUAACUCAUUUACUGUGGCUUCUGUUAACUAAUAAAAGUACCUAUGAGUUUUUCCUUUUUGCUCAGGGAUGAUAGGCAUUUCCUUUUACCUUCCGAAGUGGAAGUUUUUCAAUAUGGAGAGUAGGGCUUUUAAAUAUUAUCUCAAGGGUCUACAAUGUAACCUAUAACUUCUGCAUAUACUGCAAAUAUUUCUGUAAGUUGUACAGAAAAAAUGAGCCAACUUCUUAUUUCUUACAUCUUCGGAAAGAACUUUAACCAGUAAGCAAUUUUAUAACCCUAAGGGAUCAUCACAGCUACUGUCCUGAUUCCUGGUAGAGAAAAAAAGCCCUUAUUUCCUAUGACAAGGCAAGGAGAAAUGCUUAUUUUAUUUCUGAUAAUUUACAGAACUAGAGUAAAUUCUUUUCUUUCUAUUAUGGACCUAGAUCUGCCAAUUGGAGUUUUGUGCAUGAAAUAUGAAGUUGCUUUUUAUAGAGACUGAGUGCUUUUAAGUACCUUGUCUUAAAGGCUUGUCUCUAAGUAGUAAUGUUAGUAAGAAAAGCCUUUGAGAGGCUGAAAACCUAAGUAAUGGUACCAUAGCAUUUGGUGCUUCUAUAGGAGUGGAGAGUGGCAGCUCACUGUUGAGAGUUGCAUGCUAAUGGUCAGCAGUGAAAUAAAUAAUUCUAGAAUGUUCCCUUCAGUGUGAAGUUUUGUACACAUAUCCUUUCUAGGCACAUUUUUAACUAAUCUCAGUGAGCUAAUUAGGAAAGAAGGGGUGGGGUAUAUGAUGAGCAGAAAAACAAGAAAGUAGUUUAAUGAGAGAAUAAGACAGUCAUAACACAGCUUCUACUUCUGUUCUUUAUAGGAGGUAGGAGGAAGAUAUGACUAGAUGGAAUGUAUCAGCAACCAAACAAGCAUCUAAAAUAGAAUGAGAUAAAUACUGGAUGGGGUAUUUUGGAGGCACAUUAAGAAAGGAUAUCUAAUUUAUUUGGGGAAAGGAGUAUGGUAAAAGAAGACUGUCCAGAGAAGAAGGUGAAUGGGGCAUUCUAGGUAGAGUCAAUGGCUUGUGCAAAGGCAUGAGUAAAGAGAAUGAGGCACAUUUUGGAAUGUAACAGCUUGAUUCAGCUUAACCCAUAGGGUAAGCAUAAGCAUAACUGAGGAGAUGUGAGGAAGGAGAAUUAGAUUGGCACACUUUCAUAUAGGGACUUGUCUACCAUGCUGAAGAGUUCGGACUAUAUUAACAGCUAUGGCAAGGAUGGAUUCAGAUUUAUAGUGCUGAAGAUGUAUUAGAGAUAAGCCUGGAAGUAGGGAGAUCAUCAAAGGCAGAAUGAAACACAGGCAGGUUUCAAUUGAUUUUCAAGAAAGGAGUGAUCUAGAAUAGAGGUACCAGAUAAUAACUAUUACAUAAUACUUUUUGUUAGGAGCUUAUUUAAUUCUCACAUUGAUGAGAACUUUUGAAGUAAGUACUGAUUUGCACCAUUACAUGAAUAAAAAACUGCAAAGGAUACCACUCUGAGGCAGUUAAGUUACAGAACUAGAGUAAAUUCUAAGUAGUAAUAUUAGCAAGAAAACCUUUGAGAGGCUGAAGACCUAAGUAGUGGUACCAUAGCAUUUGGUGCUUCUGUAGGAGUGGAGAGUGGCAGCUCAUUGUUGAGAGUUGCAUGCUAAUGGUAAGCAAUGAAAUAAAUCUAGAAUGUUGCAGAAUUAGAAAGUGAUGGAGCUAAACCUAGGCAGUUUGACUCCAGAGUCUGUGCUUUUAACCACUAUACUAUACCACCAAGAGGUCAAAUAAAAUAAGUACCCAAAAAACAUAUUUUGAAUCUAACAACCAGGAACUUAAUUGUAUGGGCAGAAGUAAUUUCAGAGAACUGGGGACAGAAGCCAGAUUGCAAUGGGUUGAGGAUUGUGUGAACCACUAGGAAGUGAAGACAUAGAAAUACUCUCACAAGUAACUUUUCUGGUUAUUGUGACACUAAACUUCAAGUCUUAUUUUAAUUAAAAUAUCUCACAAAUGACAAAAUUUAGAAAUAUUUGGAACACCGUAUACACAUCUGGUUAUCUAAAUGUGGUUCUGAAGCACUUUGAGAAACCUUUGAAAAUCUGAUGAAAGUUAUGUGCCUUUAACUUCAGAAAAAUGUUCAUGUGUACAUACACAGCAAAUAUUGCAUAUUCAGGGACCACAUGAACCAGCCUAUUCAUGACAUAGUAGUCCAUGAUCCCUCAAUUAAGAACUCCAGAUAUAUAAGAUGUGGAAUUUGAAGGUAAGUACCUAGAAGCCUUGAAGACUGUUCUGCUGUGGUGAAUUGGAAGAAAUCUACAGUUUGAAUUAACUUUGUGAAUGAGAUGUAUUCUUGAAAAAAUGUGUGUACAAAAAAAUUUAUGUAAAGUAAUAUUUUCCUGUACUGCAUUCAGGGAUCUGGUUCUACAGAAAGAAAAUUUUUUUGGUGCCAGUUCCUCAAAAUCACAUUUAAGGAUCUUGAAAUUUAUGUUUUCUGCUUUUGUCAGUAAGAAGUCUUCUUACAAAAGCGAAUUAAGAAGGAAGAUGGAUAAUCAUUUCUGCACACACAGGACUUAAUAAAACAUGUACAAUUAAACAUCUCA